UCCUGUAGUAUUUUGUUUUAAAGUUAUUUCAGUACUUUGAAUAUUUCAAUCUCCUUUGUAAAGUCUUGCUACUUUGUAGUAAUUUGUGUCUGUGACUGUACUGAAGACUUUGCAGUGAAUGGCUGCACAACGGACUCAUUCAAAGAAAAUGAGUCGUCUUAAACCUACUUUUGCGUCCGGGGGGCAGAAGCAAACUGAUUUCCCCACGCAAUCAGCAGAGGGGGAGAAACUGCGCUCCACGAGCAGAGCGAAAGCACAACGAGAACGAGAGACACUCAGGAAGUUGACAGGGGAAGUUUAGCGGUUUCUUGCGUCAUCACUUUAUGCUGCUGCUUGUGUGCCGCUGCAGAGUUGAAGGGCGGGGGGCGAUGAACCGGAGCACGUCCUAACGCUUCGAAGGAACCCAGAUGCAACGCGGCCUACAGAGCAAACGACCUGCGCCCAGCGGCAUGCACUGAGGCCGAGGAGACCGGAAAGCAGCAGCAGCAGCAGCAGCAGUGAGACCCGCCGGGGGGUCGGCACACAGGAAGACAUGCGGAGAGUUCGGAGGAAGGGCGGGAACAAGGAGAAGGUGUUUGGAUGUGACCUUCUGGAGCACCUGACCGCCUCCUCUCAGCAGGUUCCUCAGGUCCUGCGAUGCUGCAGCGAGUUUGUGGAGACGCACGGGAUCGUGGACGGCAUCUACAGGUUGUCCGGAGUCUCGUCCAACAUACAGAAGCUCAGGGGGGAGUUUGAGAGCGACGGGGCCCCGGACCUCAACAAGGACCUGUACCUGCAGGACAUCCACUGCGUCAGCUCUCUGUGCAAAGCGUACUUCAGGGAGCUGCCGAACCCUCUGCUCACCUACCAGCUGUAUGACAAGUUUGCCGAGGCCGUGGCCAUCCAGCUGGAGGAGGAGCGGCUGGUGAAGAUCAGGGAUGUGCUGAAGGAGCUUCCGGAACCACACCACAGGACUCUGCAGUUCCUGAUGCGGCAUCUGGUGAAGAUGGCCUCGUACAGCGCCGAGACCAACAUGCACUCCAGGAAUCUGGCCAUCGUCUGGGCCCCGAAUCUGCUCAGGUCAAAGGACAUCGAGGCGUCCGGGUUCAACGGUACAGCGGCCUUCAUGGAGGUCAGGGUUCAGUCCAUCGUGGUGGAGUUCAUCCUCAACCACGUCCCUCAGCUGUUUCCAGAAGAAGGUUGGUCCAAUGAGAGAAGGAAGUCCCUCCCCUCCCCGUCACCGAUGCCCAAUCAGGACGAAGGGUUUUUCAAGAGUCAUCCUUUCCCCAACUUUGGUCAAAUCAGUCCGGGAGACGGCCCUCUACCCAUCAGACCGUACCACUCAAUCAUCGAAGGCACCGACAAGAGGAAAGGGUCUCUCAAAGGCAGGAAGUGGAUGAGCAUCUUCAACAUCGGAGGAAGAUUCAACGACCCGCGGCGGAAACACAAACACUCAUCCAAAGAGAAAGAAAGACCCAGUCUGAGACCAGCGAGGAGCAUGGACUCCCUCAGCCAGCCGCUGUAUCCAAAUGAAGGUUCCAGACGUGCGGCCCAGCGGCCCCCCUCCACCAACGCGUCCCCCCUCCUCACCUCCUCCGCCCCGUCCGGCCCCGAGGCCGCGGCCUCCGCCGGGGCGCUGGGUGGCAGCGAGUACGCCGUCACCUACCGCAGGGGGACCGGGCUGGUGAGCGGCGGCUCGGGGACCCAGGGCACCUACACCUGCCUCGACCCCGAGGGCCUGGGCCUCUCGGACGGCGAGACCCUGCAGUCCAGGUCCCCGGGGAUCUCCAGCAAAGGCCGGAGAGCCGCCAUGCACAUCACGGGCCCCACCUUGGUCACGGUGCCCCUGCACAUCACCUCCAACCUGGCACUAGGGGUGCUGCACGGGGGCGGGGGCGACCGGGUCAUCCACCGGGGCAGAGACAGAGAAGGAGGCGACCGGGUGGAGGGCCACGAGGGAGGAGAGAAGGUGGCGAGGAGGGAGAGCAAAGGGGUGGAAAGGAAGGUGGAGGAGAGCAAAGGGGUCGAGGAGGAGGAGGGUAAUCACAGGGAGAAGGCGACAGACGGGGGGGGGGUGGUGGAGGCAGAAGGGAGCGAGGGGGCGGGCGGAGGUGGCGAGGACGCAGGGAAAGGAAAGGAAGAGGAGGAGGAGGAGGAGGAGGAGGAGGAGGUCGUUGAAGAAAGUGGGUUGACGGGGGAAGCACGACGCGUCUCCAGAGAGGAGCGAGCCGAGAGCCUGACCUCCAACACCGGGGGGGAUGAAUACAUGGACAUGGAAGGGCCGAAGCUGGCGGACCGCUGGCCGCAGGCGACUCAGCGCGACGACCACGGCGACGACCACGGUGACGACCACGGUGACGACCACGACGACCACGACGACCACGACGACCAUGACGACCACGACGACCACGCGUUUGACACUUCCGACGUCCUCCACUCAACUGUAGUGGAAGAGGAGGAUCAGGAGCUGUCCUGCUACGUUCAAGAUAACUUUGACUUCCUGGACCACAUGGACUGCAGCACCCCCUACCAGGUGAACGAGUUCUCCGUCGAACCUCCGGGCCACUCGGACGACGAGUACGAGGUCAUGGAGCAGCCUCCGCCCGCCGCGGCGGCCCGACCCGUCCCUGACCCUCGGACCCAGGGCCCGGCGGGGUCGAGUCCACACAGGCAGCUCAGCAUCGACUCACAGCACCGACACACUAAAUCGCUCAGCUUGCCUUACCUGACGUCGCCCGUCUUCGGAUCCAACGAGUCCUGCUCCGAGGAGGAGGCGGCGGUGGAAGACAGCGACGACAACGAUUACAGCAGCGAGGAGGACGAGGGCAUGUUCGCCAAAAGCCUUCCCGGCAGCUUCUUCGCCGAGAUUUCGCCCUUCGGAACUGACCCCGACGAACCGGACGCCCGCGCUCCCGUCCCCGGGCCCCGGUCGGGGAGCCCCGAGGACGGGGGAGGCCCGUCUCUGAGAGUAGGCCUAUCCGCACGUGAGGAAUCCACCGCCGGAGGCCAGGAGGAGGACGAAGGGGAGGAAGAUGGACUGAGGGAAGAGGAGCAAGCAGACCGGGAAGAGGAAGAUCACCAGGGAGGAGACACGCCGGAAAGCCAGAAGCAAAGCCGAGCGACAGCGGAAGACGUCCUGGAGGAUCCCCAAAGCGCCGAGGAACAGCCUCUCCCUCCACCUGACGUCCCGCCGCCCGCCGACGACCAAUCGGGCGACGCGGCCGAGGAGAUGGCGGGCGCGCUCGACGACCACCGCGGCGAAGAUCCACCUCGCCACGAAGGUCCUCAUGCGACCCAGAGAGACGCUGUUGACAUUUCUUCAGAGGGGUUCAGGGACUCCUCAGUGGAGGCGACACAAGAGAGGGACGGAAGGGAGGACGGAGGAGAGGAUGGAAGGGAGGACGGAAGGGAGGACGGAGGAGAGGAUGGAAGGGAGGACGGAAAGGAGGACGGAGGAGAGGACGGAGGAGAGGAUGGAAGGGAGGACGGAAAGGAGGACGGAGGAGAGGAUGGAGGAGAGGAUGGAGGAGAGGAUGGAAGGGAGGACGGAGGAGAGGACGGAGGAGAGGAUGGAGGAGAGGAUGGAGGAGAGGAUGGAAGGGAGGACGGAGGAGAGGACGGAGGAGAGGACGAAGAGACAGAGGACACGUGCCCGGAGAUGUUUGAGGGGAAAGUAAGUGAUGAUGACGACGGGUGGGAGGAAGGCGGGGAAGCGACAGCUGAGCAGGCAGGUGACGAAGAGCAGCGCGACGCUGCUUGCGUUGAACUCGAGGACGCUGCGUGCGAAGGGACGAAGGCCGAGGAGAGCGGGCAGACGGACGGGGAGGGAGACGCGAUCGCCGACGUCCGGGCGGGAGGGGAGGACGCGGCGGGGGAGGAAACGUCGGAACGCGACGAAGGGGGGACCAACGAGGCAGCGGGCAGCGUGGAGGUAGAGGAGGAGUCGACGGGGGAGGCUGAGGAAAAGGAGGCCGACCCACCGAAGACGAGUGAACAGGAAGUGCCGAUCGAAGGGAAGCCCGCGCAGCGCCACCAAAGAGUGGAACUGGUUUUAAAAGAGAGAGAAAGAGACAACGAGGAUGAAGAGAGAGCCGACAAACAACCCCGAGAGGCCAGGGGUGACGCGAGCCAAUUGAUGGAGGGCAGAAAAUGGGAGGAAAGUGGCCCAGGAGGAGGAGGAGGCGUAGGAAGGCAACUGGUCAUCUCCAAACAUCCGAAGGUCUACCAGGCCAAAGCGGUGCCGGUGGUGCCGCCCAAGCCGCAGCACUGCAAGAUCACCGCCAUGUCCCUCCGGCAGCAGCAGCAGCAGCACGGAGAGGCGAGAGGCGGCGACCCGGGGAGGGAGAACACGGCGAGGGUCGCGGCGGAGUGGGAGAAGGUCUGCGCGGGAGACGGCGAGGAGGAGGCGGCGGCCCGGGGGAGGAGGGAGAGGCCGGCGCUCUGGGGAGGGGAGAGGGGAGAGAGGGAGAGAGGCAGGGACGGGGAGGAGAGCAGGAGCAGUCCCCACAGCAUGUGUUUUGACGAGGCCGUUGCCAUAGCGACCAUGAGGCGAGAGAAGGAGAAGGAGGGCGAGAAGGAGAAGGAGAGGCAGAGGGAGGCACAGUGAAGACUUUAGUUCAUUUUCUUUAUUUGUACAUUGAUUCAAAUUGUUUGUGACUAUACAAACUAUUUUUUCGACAAAGGGGCUUUGUACUUUCAAUUCAGAACACGAUGCAGUUUAUCUGUGUGAAUCUAAAGAUGUUGUGUAUUUUUUAUUAGAUAAAGAACUGUAGAGCUGACAGGUAAUGAGAGAAACGUGAUGGAUGAAAUGCAAAUCUUCAAUCGGGGAGCUAAAAAAGGAGCAGACCUGAAGUUAGAUUGCCCUAAAACUGUAAAAGUGAAGAGCUGCUGAUUCUGGUUAAACCCAGAUUUUUUUCAUAGCUUCCAAACUCUGGAUCUGUAAGACUCUAAACUUUAAAGUGAUCAGUCUUGAAUCCAGCUCACUCCUGUGUGCCGUUGUCCUCCAAAUAUACCAUACUUAUAUAAUUAUGUAAUUAUAUAAAGUAUAUGUAUUGUAUCCAGUAUAUGUAGAAAAAAAGAACCGGUAUUGCUGACCAAAUAGUUAUAUGGUUGAAUUUUGAAAGAUGAUAUUUGAUGAAUGUAAUGUCUGCAAAAGUAAAUGUUAUUUCUUGGAC